UCGGCCAUCAUUCUUUCUCGUGAGAUUGAAGUAGCGCAAUCAUGACUGGUCGUGGUAAAGGAGGUAAAGGACUCGGAAAAGGAGGAGCCAAGCGUCACCGUAAGGUGCUCCGCGAUAACAUCCAGGGAAUAACCAAGCCCGCCAUCCGUCGUCUGGCCCGCCGAGGUGGAGUCAAGCGUAUCUCUGGACUCAUCUACGAAGAAACCCGCGGAGUUCUGAAGGUCUUCCUUGAGAACGUUAUCCGUGAUGCCGUCACCUACACCGAGCACGCCAAGAGGAAGACUGUCACCGCUAUGGAUGUCGUCUACGCCUUGAAGCGUCAAGGACGUACCCUCUACGGUUUCGGAGGUUAAGCAGCUUGCCACAAUCACCGCACAACCAUCUCUUUAAAACGGCCCUUUUCAGGGCCACCAAA